AGGCGCCGCUGUCCCGAGGGAAGGAGCCGCUGCCCGCAGGGAAGGAGCCGCCCUGUCCCGGCUGUGCCAUGGAGGACGUGCUGCCCUCGGGCCUGCUGGAGAUCUGUCUGCUGGUCGGGGCGCCCACAGAGCGGGUGCGGGCGCUGCUGCAGGGCACUCAAAGAAGACUCAGAAAUCCUCCUCCCCUUGAUCCAGAAGUUCUGUCAGUAUUUGUGCCUCCCUUUAUCAGCAGAGAUGAUGUUCAGAUGAUUCAUGCUGGCAAUAACUUGAAUAAAAGCAAACGCCGCUCCUUCCGAAAGAAAAAAGAGAGACCCAAGGUUGAAAAUGUCAAGAGCCUCAAUGGGGAGCAGAAAGCACCUGACACAGAGGAUGUGACGGUUCCAAAGGACAUUGAUCUCAUUGCUCUGCCACAGCUCUGCUUCCCAGGAGGACUUUAUGUAACUUCUGAGUUAAAAGAGGACCACAUCCAUUUCCUGGUCUUCACUGAUGUCUGUGGUAACAGAACAUAUGGAGUUGUUGCACAGUACUACCAGUCAAUACAAGAUGGCUCCUCCUCCUCCAAUGGCCAGGGCCCUUGGGAAUCUGCACAGACUGGGAAGGUGCCUGCCUGCUUUGUACCCUGUGCUGUUUGUGUUAUAUCCAGAUACCCAUAUUUUAGUGCCCUCAAGGAUUGUCUCUCUUGCUUACUAGUGCAGCUACGACCUUUGAGGGAUUUAGAUGUCGAGGAGCACAUUAAAGAAUUUGCAGCAAAGCUGUUUUUAAUCCCCAGCCCCCCACCAGGAUCACUCCACUUGGUAUUUCACAUGAAACCCCUUCAAAUAAUAAUUCCUUCACGAGAGGAUCCAGACAGUCCAAUUAUUGACUUGGAUCUCCAUCUUCCAUUGCUGUGUUUCAAGCCAGAGCAGGUGCUGCAGAUCAUGACCUGUAUUUUGACUGAGCAGAGAAUUGUUUUCUUCUCUUCUGACUGGGCUCUGCUGACACUCAUUGCUGAAUGCUUUAUGCUGUACCUGCACCCCCUUCAGUGGCAGCACACUUUUGUGCCCAUCCUGUCCAGGCAAAUGCUGGAUUUUGUGAUGGCUCCAACAUCUUUCCUCAUGGGAUGCCAUGUUGAUCAUUUUGAUGAAGUGAGCAGGGAAGGUGAAGAUUUAAUUCUAAUUAAUAUAGAUAAUGGAGAUAUUUCACAUUCAAAAAUGGCUGAAGAGGAACUUGAGAUUCCAGAUGUUCCAGCACAAGCAGCAGAAACUUUCAUAAAAAGGGUGGAGGGUCUGCAGCUGCACUUUGAUCUGGAGCUCUGCCAUCUCCGAGCCUGCACAGACCUUGGGGAGCUCCAGACCCGCAGGAGGGCUUGGCAGCAGAAACUGAACAUGGAUGUGCAGCAAACCAUGUUGCAGUUAAUUGUUAAUAUCUUCAGGGCGGUAAAAGACCACCUAAAUUAUGAACACAGAGUGUUUAACAGUGAAGAAUUUCUGAAAACAAGGGCAACUGGAGACCAGCCAUUCUACAAAAAGGUUUUAGAGACCUACAUGUUCCACUCUUUCCUUAAAGCUCGUCUGAACAGGAAGAUGGAUGCUUUUGCUCGCCUUGAAUUGAGUACCCAGUCUGAAGAGGACAGGUUAGAUUUGAUGUUUCCCUCCCCCAGAAGGCUGACCAUAGAGAAAAUGGCCUCCAAGCGCGUGAGCGCGGCGCGCAAGGCCAGCCGGCGCAUGGUGAUCAGCAUGCCCAACCUGCAGGACAUCAAACUGCCAGAGGGGCCCUCCAGGAACUCCUCACUUCGAAAAGUGGAGAGAGCUGUUGCUAUGAGAACACCCUCCAAAUCCAUCACCACGUUCAAAAUCCCUGAAAUUCACUUUCCUCUGCUGUUCCAGUGUGUUCACUCCUACUACACAGACUUCUUCAACCACCUCAGCAAAGCCAUCAGUGCCUUACCCCCCGAGAACUCCGCCUUGCUGGCAAGGUACUUCUACCUCCGGGGCCUUGUUAGCUUGAUGCAAGGAAAACUACUAAAUGCACUUUCUGACUUUCAGAACCUAGAAAAAACAGACUUAAGAAUUUUCCCUACUGAUCUUGUAAGAAAAAUAGUGGAGAGCCUGCCUCGCUCGGAGCGCUUGCAGGCAGACCGCAAACCUGAGCUCAAGAGGCUGAUAAGUCGAGUGAUGGAAAAACAAAGGGAAGCUCUGAAAAUGGAUGACCAUGUAAAAAAAUUUGAAUUGCCAAAAACACACAUGCAGCUGGAUGAUUUUGUGAAGAGAAUUCAGGAGUCUGGGAUUGUCAAGGAUAUAGACACGAUCCACCGGUUAUUCGAUGCCCUGACAGUAGGACAGCAGAAACAAAUUGAUCCUGAAACAUUCCGAGAUUUCUACAACUACUGGAAAGAAACUGAAGCAGAAGCUCAAGAGGUGAAUCUGCCACCAGCAGUAAUUGAGCAUCUAGAUAAAAAUGAAUGUGUGUACAAGUUAUCCUGCUCAGUUAAAACCAACUAUGGUGUGGGGAAAAUAGCUCUGACCCAGAAGCGCCUGUUCCUGCUGACCGAGGGAGGCCGGCCUGGCUAUGUCCCAAUUGCUGCUUUCAGGGAUAUAGAGGAAGUUAAGAGCACAACUGUAGCUUUCCUUCUUUUGAGAAUACCUACUCUGAGGAUUAAAACAUUAUCUAAAAAAGAAGUCUUUGAAGCCAACCUUAAAACUGAGUGUGAUCUCUGGCACCUGAUAGUGAAAGAAAUGUGGGCUGGAAAGAAAAUGGCAUAUGAUCACAAGGAUCCUCAGUAUAUCCAGCAAGCUCUGACAAAUGUUCUCCUGAUGGAUGCUGUGGUUGGUGCCCUGCAGUCCUCCAAAAGCAUCUAUGCAGCCUCUAAACUGUCUUACUUUGACAGGAUGAAAAAUGAAGUGCCUAUGAUGGUCCCCAAAACAACUUCAGAGACACUAAAGCACAAGAUCAACCCCUCAGCUGGUGAAACAUUUCCACAGGCAAUUGAUGUCUUGCUUUAUACUCCAGGGCAUCUUGACCCUUCAGAAAGACUGGACAAUGCUCAUCCAAAACUCUGGUGUGCUUUAAAUGAGGGGAAGGUUGUGGUCUUUGAUGCCUCUACCUGGUCCAUCCAGCAACACUGCUUCAAAAUGGGCCGCUCUAAACUGACUUGCAUGGUCAUGGUGGAACAGAGUCAAGUGUGGAUUGGUUCUCAGGACUCCAUUAUUUACAUCAUCAACACCCACAGUAUGUCUUGUAACAAACAACUGAAUGAUCAUCGCUCUGAUGUCACAGACAUCAUCGUGGAGAAGAAGAAUGGAACACCCAGCAGUGAAGCAUAUUCCAGCAGUUUAGAUGGAAUGGUGAUUGCUUGGAACAUCAGCACUCUCAAGGUGAACCGUGUCUGUCAGCUGCCCUGCCAAAAUCUCACCUCCAUGAAGCUUCACAGUGACCAACUGUGGUGCUGUACCAGGAGUUGCAUUCUUGUAGUGACAACUCAGGAGUUUCAACUGCAGAUGAAAAUCGAGCAGCACCUGAAGGAUGUGUGUUUCUCUUUCCUUGGCUUCCAGCUCUUUCCAGAGAGAGAUGAAGUGUGGGCCUCUUACUCGGGGAGUAGCGACUUGUACGUUUGGAACACCAAAGACCUUUCAAGUACACCUCAAAAGAUUCAUCUUCAGGAUUGCUCUGAGAUUACUUGUAUGAUAAGAGUUAAAAAUCAGCUGUGGGUUGGCAGCAGUGGGAAGCUGCAGGGCAAGAGCAAAGGGAAGAUCUAUGUGGUCAGUGCUGAGAGGAAGAGUGUGGACAAGGAGCUGGUCGGCCAUGCUGACGCGGUGAAGGCGCUGUGCUCGGCCGAGGACAGGUACGUCCUCAGUGGCUCAGGGAGGGAAGAAGGGAAGAUUGCCAUCUGGAAGGCUGGAUAGCCACACUGUUCCAGAUGUUCUGCCUCCUCUGGGGAAAGGCAAAGACCUGGGACUGUGUUUACUUCAGCAUUUUGCAUCUACUUCAGCACCUGCCAGUGUUAUUGUCUUGUAUUUAUUGGGCUUCCAUCCCUGCGUUGUAGAAAAUGGAAAUGGAAGCAAAUCUUCCCUCACACCUUGUCCUGCUCCUGCACAUUUGGUAAAGGAACAGAAAUGGGAGAAGACAGGACACUGUCCUUCAACUGGACAUGAGGUGCUGGGGAGGGUUUGGGGUCACAUUGGGAACCCCAGAGCCAGCUCAGUAAUUCCAUGGGAGCUCUCUCUCAGCAGUGCAAGGUUGAUUAGAAAAGGAUUUCAUGAUGCCUUUAGAAAACCAAGUGCACUUGGACUUGCAGAGUUGUCACUGUGAUCAUCUUUCUGAGCUCAGAGCUGUGGGUGGGCAGUGUCCUUAACCCUUGGGGGGAUUUCUGGGGCUGUUGUUUAAAAUGCAGGCACAAGCAGACUCUCCCCACAGCACUGAAAGCUCCUCCAGCUGAAACAAUGUCUUUCCAAUGAAUAUUUUAUUUUUUUAAAUGUAUUUUUUCUUUGAAAGCAAUGCACAGCACUCGGCAUUUAGAACAGUUUGUGAAACUGAUUUUUUUUUUUAACUGAAGCAUUAAUUUAUUUAAUUCCUGUAUAUAUUAUACUUGCUUUUGGAAGUACCUCUCAGUCUCUGUGCAGACCAACCUCUGCCCCUCCUCCCUUCAGUUCUUGUUCCUGCAAUCAGAGGAACUGCUGUUAUUUUGGGUAGAACGUGCUUUAUUUUAAGUUCUGCACAGUCCUAAAACCUCUCCUCAAACCCUGGAGCAAGCACCAGGGGCUGCAGCCUGGAAGAGUCUCCAGAGCAGCAUUCCCUGACUGGUGCCUGAUGCACAGGGGUUUUUCACUGGUGACAUUUAUCUGCAGAUAAAUCUGUGCAGAAUAGUUUUAUCUGCAUGAGUGCAGAGUGGAAAACAGUGUCUAAAAGACUGUAAAUAGAAGGACAAAAUGGGCUGCUACUUUUCUUAAUAAAUAUAAACCAGUGUAGGGCUAAAUAAAAGCAUAUAAACAACUGGAAAAUAUUAUGACUAGAAAUUUUAUGGCUCUGUAUAUUUCUGCUGAUAAAAGUUUUUAUCAUAGCAUGGUAACAGAAAUUUUCCUUUUUUUAAACUUUUAUAUCCAUUUAAGAAUAUUAAACACUGUAUUGAUA